AUGACGUCCACAGUCACUGCUCAUGCUUUAACAUCGGAUCACAGCUUUCAGAUACUAAAUACAGGAUCUUCGUCAGAAGAGUCUCUGUCCGAAGAGUGGCAAAUGUUCGUUGGCUCUACCCGAGAGUACCUGUACGAUCCCGAAGUCGAAUCAUCCUUCCGUCGUCCACUACGAUCUACCCCAAGACAGAGAAGGAAAAUUCAAAUCUACAAGGAGUCUGCUAACUCAAUGAUUGGAAAUGAUGGUGAACGAAGUUUUGAGGGUAACAUUGAGCAUAUUGACCUGGAGUUUGAAGCAUAUUAUAGUGAGGGGAAACGUCCGAUGGACGAGACUGACAAACUCCCAAAGAGGUCAACGGAGCAAGAUCACAAUGAAUAUACGACCACAUCCGGGAGUUUAUCAACCAAGGAGAAACGGCGGACACCUGCUAGUAGAGGGCUGGCGUCCGACAGGCAAGCGGAGGACGCAAUCAACUCUCAAUUGACUAUCACUGCGGGUCCUGACAGCUCCAAGAGUUCGCGCCACAGAAUCUUCGGCCUACUCAGUAGAGCCAGGGGUCUUCGAUGA